AUGAUCGCCGUUCGGAUUCCCCAAAAAACAGUUCUUUUAGCUGCGGCAAAGGCAGAUACAACAACUGGAGUUAUCAGGACAAAGGCCGAGAUCGCAAUUGGGACCGGAAUCUUUAUGAUGUCGAUUGGCUGGAUGGUUGGUCAGAAUCGGCGUUUUGCUUGGGACAACCAAGCUACUCGACAUGCCGCGUGGACGAUAUCAGAAAAGGUCUUGUACAAUAUUAGCCUAUACCAACUAGCAGCACGUCAAUAUGUUUCCUUCGGAAUAUGUCUACGCAGCGGGGCAAUUGAUAACAAACGAAACCAAUCAAUGAAUGAAUUAGAGGUGGCUUUAUGGGAUUACUUCGACACAAGUUACUUGAGUAUGGCCGGUUUCCCGGUGGUAUUAUCCAGAAAGGCGUGGAUAAUCGCAAUAAACAAGACCGGGUUGCAUUUCAAGUCCACAAAUAUCCGCAGUUCUGCUGUCGGCUUUUUUUUUGCUGAAUUUUCUAAAAGGAAAGAAGCAUAUUACGGUCGUGGACGCAGCGAGUUCCUUCCACCAUUGGCCAACACAUAUUACUUGGUGAGAUGGCUAGGACACGGGCCUGAAUACGACGCAUGGUACCACGUUGACGACCUCUCCGACGCGAAGGACCUCAUCGAGGACUUCGAGAAGUCGGCUACAGUAGCAGGACCACAGCAGAGACGCGGCCGACCACCCAGGGGUGGAGGCAGGCGACGCCUGCAGCGUAAUUGA